AUCCAACGGACCCGAACACCUCUCCUUCACCGUUUUCCUAAUCCCUCUUCAAUCCCCUCCGUUCUUCCAGGCGGCGGAGGCCUCCUAAAUUCCCACUUCUGCCCCUUACUUUCCCGCCCAAUCUCGAAAUCCCCUCUCACAGUUUCCUGAUUCGCCUGACUGUGAUUGAGAUAAACUGUUGACUCAAUUGAUUGGAUAGAUUUUGGUUCCUUGUUAUGGCGGAUUCGGACAAUGAAUCCGGAGGAGGCCAGAACAGUGCGCACGGCGAUUUAUCGGCGCGUGAGCAGGACAGGUUACUUCCGAUAGCGAACGUGAGUAGGAUCAUGAAGAAGGCACUCCCGGCCAACGCUAAGAUCUCCAAGGACGCAAAGGAGACCGUCCAGGAGUGUGUCUCUGAGUUCAUCAGCUUCAUCACCGGCGAGGCCUCGGAUAAGUGCCAGCGCGAAAAACGGAAGACAAUCAACGGCGACGACCUGCUCUGGGCCAUGACAACACUUGGCUUCGAGGAGUAUGUGGAGCCCUUGAAGAUUUACCUCCAGAAGUACAGGGAGAUGGAAGGUGAGAAGACUUCAAUGGGACAGCCGGGUGAGAAAGACGGCGGCGGCGGUGGUGGUUCUAGUGGUGGAGGAUCGACCACAGGUGGUGGCGGUGGAGUCAACAUGAGUGGCGGGGGGUUUAAUGUUGGGGGAGGUAGUGGUGGUGGUAUGUACGGUGGGAUGAUGACGAUGGGGCAUCAUCAGGGACACACGUACGGCUCUGGUGCGUUUCAUCAUCAGAUAAGUGCGGGGAAAAGCGGGUCGGGUAGUGGCAGUGGUGGUGGAGCUGUAAGGUCAAGGUAGGUGUUUGCGGCUUAUUAUGUGAAUUCGGGUCGGGUCUUGGGAGGAUGAACGAGAGAAUGUAUCUGAAAUUAAAAGUAUGACCAUAACAUAAUGUAACCAUGAUGAUGAUGAAGAGUAGUAGCUACUGUUGCUAAAUGGAAGGUUGGAGGGAGACAUUGAAGACAGGAUAUGUAUCAUAAGGAUUUAGGAAAGUAGAGAGGUUGGUGUUAUAUGUUUCUUGCUCUGUUUUUUGUUGUUGUUUUCAAAUGAUAAUGAGAAGAUGAUUUAGUUGUUUUUAGUGCUGAUUUUGGUAAGUUCUACACUUUUUUUGUUGGUUUUUAAAUGAUAAUGAGAAGGUGAUUUAGUUGUUUUUA